ACAGGCACUCCGGACUCGGGGACCUUCGGCCAAAGGGACCUCCGGACAGAGUGAGCGUCGACACAAGAGUCCCCGGACACAGAGAUCUCCGGACACGGGGAUUGUCGGAGACUGGGACCUCAGGAAGAGCCUCGGUUUUGCCUUUGUAGAUCCUGCUCCAGAUUUCAUUCUGGUCUAUCUGCUAUCGAUCUGGUUUAUCCCACUUCAGGUUCGGUUCAGGUUCCAUUCUACUGUUAAUCCGGAUUUGCUCAUUUGACUCCGAUCCAAUCCCACUUUGAUCCUGAUCUGCUCCGGUCUUACAGCCCUGGUUCUACUGCAGUCCGCCUCUGGUCCGCUUCGGGUUUGCUCCCCUGCGAAUUAGGCUCCCCUCCCGCUCCGCUGCUCUCCAUCGGGCUCGACUCUCACGCCAAUCUCUCCACGUUGUUCCAAUCCACUUCUGGUCUCCCUCCUUUCCCAUUCCCACUCUCGCUCUCUCUGCUACUCCGUCUCCGUUCCAGAUCAGCACUCUCCCCCUCUCCGGCUCCAUGGCUGGGAGGGAGAAAUCCGCUCCCUCCAUACACGAACACAUGGCGAUCGACGUGAACCCGGGACCCAUCCGGCCCAUUCCUCACAUCUCGCAUCGCUUCCCGCGACCGCUGGCCGCACGCGGACCCGGAGCCGGAUCAGCGGGACCAGCGGAAGGGCCCAGACCCGGAUUGGCGGCGGCAGCCGAGGCCGAGGUUGGAGCCGGACCACAGCCGCACCUGGAGUCUCCGGAACUCGAUGCCAAUGACUCGGAUGAUUCAAUGAGCCUGGGCACUCUGGAAUUUGACCUGUUGUACCGAUCGGAGGAGCAGGCUCUCCAGUGUUCAAUCCACAGAGCGAAGGGUCUGAAGCCAAUGGAUUUGAAUGGUCUUUCGGAUCCUUACGUGAAGCUCCAUCUUCUGCCAGGACCCUGCAAGGGAAACAAGCUGAGGACGAAGACGGUGCGUAACACCCUGAACCCUUGCUGGAACGAGACGCUGGUCUAUUACGGAGUGAUGGACGAGGAUCUCCUUCGUAAAACUCUCAGGGUUUCUGUUUGCGAUGCCGACCUGCUUGGUCACAACGACUUCAUUGGGGAAACGCGGGUCCCACUUCGGAAGUUAACAGCCGACCAACGAAGGCACUUUAAUAUCGUUCUAGAGAGACCACCGCCCCAGUCUCCGAUAUCACCACCGCUCAGAGGAAUCGCUUUCUACAUGCAGGAGCCGGAUGGGCCCCAGGAGGGGGAGCUUGGUCGAAUCCUGUUGGGCCUUUGGUUCUGCUCCUCCAGCCACCAGCUAACCCUCUCCAUCCUGCGCUGUGCCCACCUUGCUGCCAUGGACCCCCAUGGGCUCUCUGACCCCUAUGUCAAGGCGUACCUGAGGCCCGAUGGAGGGAAGUCGUCCAAACACAAAACAGGCGUGAGGAAACGGACCCUGAACCCCGAGUUUAAUGAGGAUUUCCUCUUCACCCUCGACCCUACCGCCCUCCAUUCCUGCUCCCUGCAGGUCACCGUCUGGGACCACCACCUCGGCAGGCCCAACCACCUCAUCGGAGGAGUGACGCUGGGGACGGAAUCCCGGGGACAGCCCGGCCGCCAUUGGCUGGAGUGUUUGCAGAAGGCGGGCCAGAGGAUAGAGCGCUGGCACAAGCUGACCAAUCACCUCAGCAACUGACCUGGGGAAGCCACACCCCUCACUGGCACCGCCCUCCCCCCCCCACACCCCUCCAUCCUCUUCACCUUCUCUCUACCUAUCAGAAAUACCCACUCCACCCUAUCUUCAACAUCUGCCUUCCCUCCACCUCCUCUCUCCUCCUUCCCUUAUCCUCCGAUCUUUCCCCUAAACCCUGCUCUCCCACUCCCCACCCACCCCCUCACCAUGGAGGGUUUUUGAAUUCACGAUCUGUACAUCUC